AUGAGCGAUAGCGAGUCUGACGAGUCUCAUCUCAUUGACAACACAACUUCCUUAAACCAACUUGAACGCGAUGACGGAGCAAUAGUGAACUACAGUCAACCCAGUGUCCCAGACAUCAUCGCCAGCAAUGUUGGGAUGCUAUUCAUCAUAUCCGCACAGUUUUUCUCCGCAUGCAUGUAUAUUUCUGUGAAGAUACUAAACAGAUUGGAGACUCCAGUACAUGCGCUUCAGGUUAUUAUAAUCAGGAUGGCCGUCACAUUCCUAUGUUGUGUGACAUACAUGAUUAUUAUGAGGAUCCCUGAUCCGAUAACUGGCCCCAAAGAUGUUCGAUCGUUACUGAUCACUCGUGGCAUUACUGGGUUUUUCGGACUAUCCGGCGUAUAUUUGUCACUUGAGCAUUUAUCUGUCGCAGAUGCGACAGUCCUGAUUUUUUUGACACCUCUUACGACAGCAGUCGCUGGAUCCAUCCUCCUGAAGGAGAGCUAUUCCACCAAUCAAGCUGUCGCUGGAGCAUGCAGUUUACUCGGUGUGGUUCUCGUUACAAGGCCCCCAUUUCUAUUCGGCUCCAUCCCUAACGGAGGUCACUUGCCAGAAGGAACUCCAGCAGAAAGGCUGGCGGCUGUUGGCGCAUGUAUGAUGAGUGUGCUCGGCAAUACUGGUGCAUAUACGUCGAUUCGUGCAAUUGGAAAACGCGCCCACCCGAUGCAUGUACUGACAUUCUUUUCGCUGUGGUGUACGAUCAUAUCAUCAUUGGGGAUGAUUGUUUUAAAUAUCCCGGUUGUGUAUCCCACACCAUGGGGGUGGAUGCUUUUAUUCAUGGUUGGUGUCUUUGGCUUCGUGACGCAGACUCUUUUGACAAUGGGACUGCAACGAGAAACUGUGUCGCGUGGUGUCACUGGAAUGUACACCCAGGUCAUUUUCGCUGUGAUGCUGGAACGCCUAAUCUUCGGAGUUAUGCCGUCCUUACUGUCAAUUGUUGGCGCCGUCAUUAUCAUGUCUUCUGCGCUCUAUGUUGUCGUAAGUGGUCAUGGUCCCCGUUUUUGUUGCCAGAGUUCUGUGCUAAUCUAUAUUGGACCCACCAGAUGA